GAAACCCCAUCAGACUUCUUCUUUUCAUUCUCCAGACAGACAAGUAUCCCUGUGGAUGAUAUAAUUUUACUACGCAUCAGUGUUAAUGCAAUGAAGUGGAACAAAACUGUUCCGAAUUGCUGUUCUUAAUACUUGUUCAAGAAUCUAUCAGGAAUCUUGAACAAGUAGCCAGCCAAAUAAGAGCUUGAAUAAGCAGCAGCAGCAGCAGAGAUGCAGAGCAGACGAGGGAGCCUGAGGCAGAACAGUGUCUCAAACUGGAGAGACUCAAGUGCCAUCUUCUCCUCAAGGACUUCACAGGUUGAAGAUGAUGAGGAAGCCCUCUUAUGGGCUGCUCUUGAGAAACUCCCAACAUACGACAGACUCAGGAGAGCCAUCCUUCCAUCUGGAUCACAAGGCCGACCAACUGAGUUUGAUGUCCAAGACUUAAGCAACCAGGACAGAGACACACUCAUAAAGAGAUUGCUUCAUGCUUCAAAUGACAACCAAGAGUUCCUUCUCAAGCUUAGGGACCGCUUGGAUAGAGUUGGACUAGAUCUCCCUACAAUUGAGAUCCGGUUUGAAAGCCUCAAACUCCAAGUAGAAGCUCACCUGGGUAGUAGAGCCUUGCCUACGAUCCUCAAUUUCUUAACCAAUAUGCUGGAGGCGGCAGCCAACAGAUUGCAUAUUCUUCCCAGCCAGAAGAAGACCGUGACGAUACUGGAAGAAACAAGUGGAAUCAUCAAACCCAACAGGCUCACGUUGCUCCUAGGACCUCCAGGCUCUGGAAAGACAACACUAUUGUUGGCUCUAGCAGGGAGGCUGAGUCCAGAUAUUAAAGUAUCAGGGAAAGUGAGUUACAAUGGAUAUGGCAUAAAUGAGUUUGUCCCACAGAGAACAGCGGCCUACGUAAGCCAAUAUGACCUUCAUAUAGGUGAGUUGACAGUGAGAGAGACGCUGGCAUUCUCUGCAAGGUGUCAGGGAAGUGGAAGCAUACAUGAGAUGAUAGCUGAGCUAUCAAGGAGAGAGGCUGCUGCAGGAAUCAAACCAAACCCGGACAUUGAUGCUUUUCUUAAGGCAGCUGCUAUCAAGGGGCAGAAUGGCAAUGUAUUUGUAGACUAUAUCCUCAAGAUGCUUGGACUGGACGUCUGUGCUGAUACCUUUGUGGGAGAUCAGAUGAUCAGAGGGAUCUCUGGAGGACAACGGAGGCGUGUCACAACAGGGGAGAUGCUUGUUGGACCAGCACGAGCACUGUUGAUGGAUGAAAUCUCCACUGGUCUGGACAGCUCGACAACAUAUCAAAUAGUGAACUCUAUAAAACAAUCCAUUCACAUCCUGAACGAGACUGCUGUCAUCUCCUUGCUCCAACCAGCACCUGAAACUUAUAACCUCUUCGAUGAUGUCAUUCUUCUCUCUGAGGGGCAGAUCGCAUACCAUGGGCCUCGUGAGCAUGUGCUUAACUUCUUUGAGUCCAUGGGUUUCAAGUGUCCGGACAGGAAGAGCGUGCCUGAUUUCUUACAAGAGGUGACAUCAAGAAAGGACCAGAAACAGUACUGGAUGAUGCAAAAUGAAAUCCCUUACAGAUUCAUCCCUGUCAACGAAUUUGCAGACGCGUUUCAGAAAUUUCAUGUUGGCCUCAAACUGAGAGAAGAACUCGGUGUUCCUUUUGAUAAGAGCAAGAGCCACCCUGCAGCCCUGGCGACAUCCACGUACGGUGUUAGUAGAAUGGAACUGCUUAAAGCUUGCACGCAGAGAGAGUUUUUGCUGAUUAAGCGCAAUCUGGUUGCCUACAUCUUGGCCACUAUUAAGAUUUCUAUAACGGCAUUCUUCACAAUGACAUUGUUCCUGCGGACGGAGAUGCAUCGGGAUUCCCAAACAGAUGGGCUAAUCUUCAUGGGUGUACUAUUUUUCACAAUCUUCAUGGCUUUCGUUAAUGGGUUCCAAGAGCUGGCCAUGACCACUGCGAAGCUCCCUGUAUUCUACAAGCAAAAGGAUCUACUCUUCUAUACUGCAUGGGCAUACACUCUGCCCUCAUGGAUCCUUAAGAUUCCCUUCAUACUUGUAGAAGCAACUAUUUGGGUGUUUAUGAGCUACUAUGUUGUGGGCUUUGAUCCUAAUGUGGGCAGGUUGUUUAAGCAGUUUCUACUGGUUAUAUGGGUUAUUCAGACAGCUAAUUCAUUGUUUCGAGUUAUUGGAGCAGUUACAGGUGACCCAAUCAUUGGAACUAAAUUUGCAGGAUUGAUCAUUGUUGCAAUCAUGGCCACAGGCGGGUUCCUACUACCAAGGGGACAAGUGAAGAAAUGGUGGAAAUGGCUUUAUUGGUCCUCCCCUAUCAUGUAUGCUCAGCAGGCUAUCGUAACAAAUGAAUUCCUUGGCCAGAGUUGGUGCCAUUUUCUUUCAAAUUCUACUGAAUCCUUGGGCGUGAGCGUCAUGAAGUUAUAUGGGAUUUUCCCUGAAAAAAAGUGGUACUGGAUUGGCCUUGCAGCAUUAGUUGGAUACACUCUCCUUUUCAAUGUCCUCUAUCCCUUGGCUUUAACUUGUCUCACCUAUGGAGCUUCAGGGAAGGCUGUUCAGACAAUUUCAUCAGAGGAUCAGCAAACUUCAACAGAGGAAACACGAAGUGGCGCACAUAGUCAAGUUGCAACUGAAGUGAGUGCAGAUACUGAACAGAGACGAAGAGGAAUGGUUCUUCCAUUUGCACCUCUUUCCAUCACCUUCCAAGAUAUACAUUACUCUGUGGACAUGCCUUUGGAAUUGAAAGCACAGGGGGUUCAAGAAGACAGGUUGAUGCUGAUUAAGGGUGUCAGUGGAGCUUUUAGGCCAGGAGUUUUGACUGCUCUAAUGGGAGUGAGUGGUGCUGGAAAGACUACAUUAAUGGAUGUCCUGGCUGGAAGGAAAACAGGAGGAUAUAUGGAUGGAACCAUCACUGUGUCUGGAUAUCCAAAAAAACAACAAACUUUUGCUAGAGUAUCUGGUUACUGUGAACAGAAUGACAUUCAUUCACCUAAUGUUACAGUAUACGAGUCCCUUCUCUUUUCUGCAUGGCUUCGUCUACCGGCCACAACUGAUUCUGCAAUGAGGAAGAUGUUCAUUGAGGAAGUGAUGGAGCUUGUAGAGCUAUCAAGCAUACAAGGAGCACUGGUUGGACUGCCUGGUGUAUCUGGUUUAUCAACAGAGAGAAGAAAGAGGCUGACAAUUGCUGUUGAGCUUGUUGCUAAUCCCUCCAUCAUUUUUAUGGAUGAACCUACCUCUGGACUUGAUGCAAGGGCUGCUGCCAUUGUCAUGAGGACUGUAAGGAAUACAGUAAACACAGGGAGAACUGUUGUGUGCACAAUUCAUCAACCUAGCAUUGACAUCUUUGAAACUUUUGAUGAGCUGUUCCUUAUGAAGCGAGGAGGGGAGGAGAUAUAUGUAGGACCUAUAGGCCACCAGUCUUGUCAUCUAAUCAAUUACUUUCAGGGAAUUCGAGGAGUCAAUAAGAUGGACCAGGGAUAUAAUCCUUCAACGUGGGCACUGGAAGUAACCACCAUAUCACAAGAAGAAAGAUUAGGAGUUAAUUUUAGUGAGAUAUAUAAGAACUCAGACCAUUUCAGAAGGAUCAAGGCUUUGAUUGAAGAGCUGAGUAAACCGACAGAAGGUUCAGAAGACUUGUACUUCCAAACAAAGUAUCCACAAUCAUUCCGGGUACAGUGUAGUGUGUGCUUCUGGAAACACUUGUUGUCGUACUGGCGCAAUCCACCGUACAUGGGCUUCCAAAUUAUAUUCACCAUCGUGACUGCCCUCGUCACUGGUUCAAUGUUUUGGGAUAUGGCCUCUAAAAAGAAGAAUUCGCAAGACAUAUCAAAUGCCAUGGGAUCAAUGUACCUGGCUAUAAUAUUUCUUGGUGCACAAAACUCUCUAUCAGUUAUACCAGUUUUAGCGAUUGAGCGACUAAUAUACUACAGAGAAAGAGCUGCAGGGAUGUACUCCUCCUUUCCUUAUGCAUUUGGACUGCUUGCGGUGGAGUUGUUGUGUUUAUGGAUUCAAUCCAUAGCGUAUGUAGUGAUAUUGUACCCAAUGAUGGGGAUGGAAUGGACAGCUGCCAAAUUCUUCUGGUUUCUGUUCUUCACUUACUUCACCUUAAUGUACUUCACAUUCUUUGGCAUGAUGUCUGCUGCCUUGACUCCCAAUGAACAAAUUGGUGCCAUGCUGGCCACCUUCCUUAUAGGCACCUGGAUGCUCUUCGCCGGCUUCUUGCUCCCUCGCAAGAGAAUCCGGGGGUGGUGGAUAUGGAGCUACUGGGCAUGCCCACUUGCGUGGAGCUUGUAUGGGAUGGUUGCCUCACAGUUUGGUGACGUGAAUGACGUGCUGCAGCACUCCGGUGAGACAGUGGCGGAGUUCGUGGAGCGUUACUAUGGUUUUAAGCACGAUUGGCUCGGAUGGGUUGCUGUGGCACAUAUAGGGUUUGGGGCUCUUUUUGCCUUUAUUUACGCUUUCUCUAUUAAGGUCCUCAACUUCCAGAAGAGAUGAACACAAUUCCUAUAUGUGUACACACACAAGAUGCAGAUGUGCUUCCUUGCCCUUUAAUUUAAGAUGUCCAUGAUAAAAAAAAACAAACCAUGCUUCUUGACAAGCUUGAUAAUAUGAAAUUGCAUGAAUUAAUUGAG